AGUAACAGAAGAACUUGUCAUGUGACCAAAUCAAACUAAGUCACACGUCCCUGACAGUUUCCCUGUUUAUACCAACAUGGCCUUCCAAACGUGUGUGUUGCUUGUGUGUAAAGUAACCUUGUUUUUCCUGUUGUCUGUCUUUGCUGUCGGAGAGGGACGCUAUAAGGGGUUCAGGAGUUUCAAUCAAUUGCAGGACACCAGGCAGAGAGUCGUGUUCGAGGAGCAGUGGUUCACUCAGAAACUGGAUCACUUCAGUGGUGCAGACCAGAGAAAGUGGAAGCAAAGGUACUUUGUAAAUGAAGCCUUCUACAAGCCAGAGGGCCCAGUGUUUCUGAUGAUAGGUGGAGAGGGCCCAGCCAAUCCAGCAUGGAUGCAGAACGGAACCUGGCUCAUCUACGCUGAGAAACUGGGAGCGCUCUGCUUCAUGCUUGAGCAUCGCUUCUAUGGAAAGAGUCACCCGACAGUUGACCUCAGCACAGACAACCUGCGCUUCCUCAGCAGCCGUCAGGCUUUAGCUGACCUGGCCCACUUCCGCACCACGAUGGCCGAGGCCCGCGGGCUGACCAACAGCAAGUGGGUGGCGUUCGGCGGGUCCUACCCAGGUUCUCUGGCUGCUUGGUUCAGGCUGAAGUACCCUCACCUGGUCUAUGCCUCCGUGGCCACGAGUGCACCUUUUAAAGCUACUGUCAACUUCGAACAGUACUUGGAGGUUGUGUGGCGUUCGCUGGCCUCAGAGAACGUAGAGUGCCCCCUACUGGUGAAAAUGGCCUCAGAUAGCCUUGUUGAACGCCUGAAGGAUCCCAAGACCUAUGACAACAUCACUAAAGACUUCAACUUGUGUUCCAAACUGCAGAUCCAGUCAAAGAUGGACUCUGCCUACUUCCUGGAAAUGCUGGCUGGCAACUUCAUGGACGUGGUCCAGUACAAUGAAGACAACAGGGGGUUUGAGGGCGUGACAGGCACUAACAUCACCAUCAAGGUGCUGUGUGGAGUGAUGGGUGACAGGUCACUGGGGGAGCCAUAUGCCCGCUAUGCUGCUGUGGCCCGCCUCAUGAUGGACACCUUCUCUAUUAAAUGCCUAGAUGCCAGCUUCAGCACCUACCUCAGUGAGAUGACUAACACGUCCUGGGAGGGGCCGGCUGCAGGCGGAGGGAGACAGUGGGUCUACCAGACCUGCACUGAAUUUGGAUUCUACCAGAGCACCGAUUCGCCCAAUCAACCAUUCACUGGCUUCCCUAUCGAGUAUUACGUGAAACAGUGUGCCGACUUCUACAACGUCAGUGCUGAGCAGCUGGCGGAGGCCGUUGCCCAGACCAAUGAGUAUUACGGCGGCUAUGAGAUCCGCUCCAGCAGAAUAGUUUUCCCCAACGGGUCCAUCGACCCCUGGCACGCCCUGGGAAUCACGCAGGACAUCGCGCCUGACCUCCCCGCGGUAUUCAUCACAGGAACAGCCCACUGUGCCAACAUGUACCCUGCUAGGAGCGAGGAUCUCCUCCAGCUGACUCUGGCCCGUGACCACAUCAUCUUACUCCUCCAGAAGUGGUUGAAGCAGUGACUGAGGGCAGAAUAGUCCAGUCGGUGUCUUUGCAAAGCAAACUAAUUCUUUUGCCCAGAUCAUUGACACUAGAACAAGACCGCUCAUUAUACUGCCACAUGUAUGACUGCUUGAGAAGGCACUUUGCACGAGCAUUACUAGGUACAAAGUUCAGGAGUUUUAAAUGUGUGAGACAAUGUUGAGCAGAUGAAUAAAGAUGUUUUUAUGACUC